CAACACAGAGAGCACAGAGAAUCAGAAUGAAGAAGAGCUCCACUCUGACAACGACAACGUCGAUGCCGACGAGUCCCACGCUCUCGGCACAGACGCUCUCCGCCAGCAAGAUCAGCCUGAACAGCAGCAGCAGCAGAUCGGGCUCGGUGGCGGGAUCGAUACGCUCCUCCUGCCAGUCACCGGUUAGGCCGGGCAGCGGCUGCGUGGACGCCAUCAAGGCCAAGCGCGAGGAGAUCGAAAUCGACACACUACUCGAGAAGGCGAAGUUCUAUACCUCCGUGUGCCUUGGUACAACUGCCAUUUUGUCGGUGUUCACAUUCCUCUUCCUGAUACCCUUCGUAGUGGAUCCCGCCAUCUCAACGAUCAUUGCCGACUACGAUCCAGUGCCCGUGACCUGCAUUGUGAUCGAUCACAUCUAUGCGGAGGGCAUCAAGAACUGCAGCUGGAGCUCCUGUCGCGAGGGCUGCACCUCAUCACUCACCAAGUGCCAUCAGUUGUUUGUCAACUAUACGCGCAUCCCGUACAGCGACUGGGAGCGAAAUCCCCGGGACCUGGACACCGUCAACUGGGAUGUUAGCUAUACAAAGUUUCUGAUUAACUCCGAGGGCUGCGGGUACCCGCCCACGACCAACUGCAGCGUCUUUGCCAGGCAGUAUGGCUUCUCUCAUAUUGGGGAGCCGUUCCCCUGCUACUACAGCCGUGCCUAUCCAGAGGUGGUUAUCGGCCGCUACUCGUGGGAGAACAAUCUGUACCAUCUGAUCCUAUCGCUGAUCAUACCGAAUGUGCUCUUCGCCAUCUCCAUCGGGGUGCUGAGCUACUGGUACUGCCCCUGCUGCGAGAAGGCCUGCAAUAAGUCCUCGCGGGUCUACGCCGAGAAGUUCCCAACCAAGGAAGAGAUCGUUAACUGCAUGAAAUGUAAUACGGAAAAGUCGUUGUCCUUGAAUGUAUUUUGAAAUAUGAGAUCUGAUCGUUGAUCUUUGAUUGUUGAUUGUUAAUACCCCCCAAAUGUAUUGUGAUAGGUUAAGUGCGAUGAAAUGCUGAACUCAAAAAAGUUAUAUGUACAUGCAUAUAUAUCUCUGGCACCCAGUUGUCGCUUGUCGUAGACCCACAACAGCAACCAUAAUUAACCAAAGAGAAACCCCGAACCGAAUUAACGUUACUCUGAAGUGUCCUUAGCAAUUACUGCAUUUCCCCCAAUUGUAGACUUAGUCCUUAGCACCUCUCAAGGAGCCCUCCCCACACACACACACACACACACAAAUACACACACACAGAGCACAAAAGCCCGAUCAAAUUGAAAGGAAUUUCGUAAUCUGUAUACCACAUACAUACAUAUGUAUAUCAAAUAUAUUCACUCAAAAUACACUCGUGUAUUUUUGUAGUCUGUAGCCUUUAACUUUACAAAAAACAAACAAAACAAAAAAUGAAUUUACAUGAGGUUUCUUUCAGGUUAACCCACACGCCCCCAGCAUAUACCUUUUUUUCUAUUUACUAAUUUUUAAACUAUUACAUGCCUACAUAUAUACUCGUACUCGUAUACAUAUCGAAUAUUUGUCCUAUUUAAUUAAACUGAUAUUACGCAUAAGAAGAGACGGCAUCAGCCAGGCCUUUUUUGUGCAUGCUUUUCGUUUGAACCGCUUUUGAUUAUAGAACCUAUUUGUAUUGUAUGGCAUGAUCCGAUCCCCGUAUAUAUAUAUAAAGAACAUAUACUCUUACUAUAUUUAUCGCUUAUACUAUCACUAAACCAAACUCUGACUAGAAUUGAUUAAGAACUUUGUUCCAACCCGAUGUUCCAAUUCUAGCAAACUUCUGUGUCACAGUGACGAAGAUGAUGAUAUGGAAUACUAGCAAAAAUACAAAUUAGCUAAAGCUAAAGCUAAAGCCCCUAAACAAAUAGCGAACUCAACUUUGUAGUCUGUAUCACAAACACACCCACACACACACACACAUAGCUUAUAUUAAAUAGAUAUAAAAACAUACAAUACAUAUAUGAAUCGAUCGAUAGAGAAAUUCCAUUUGCCAUCUGCCAACUCACAAAUCGGACGAUAUACAUACAUACACAUAUAUGAAGUACUCGUACAAAAAAUAAUAAUUAUAAAUUGCCAGCGGAGCAUCGUCGGAGGAAGGAAGGAAGGAUAGCGAUAACGAUAACGAUAACCUUUUCCACUUGCAUAUAUGUAUAAAUAUAUAUUUUAUUCGAAACUUUUGCGCUCUACAAUUCAGAUCCCAUCUUAGCCAUGCAAUAAUACUUUAUUCGUACUAUAUAGAAGAAGAUCCUUGUUUAAAAAUAAUGUACUGCACUGUACUGUCCUGUAUAACUUUAGAACUUUGGCUUUUGUUGUGGACGAUGCUCCGCUCUAUGAUUGCUCGACUCUCGACUUCGAUUUACAGAAUGAUAAUACCAAAUACCAAUUAAAGAAUCGCUUGUUUUCAACAAAUUGUGAUAGUAGUCAUAAAAAUAUUAAGUAAAUUCGUAAAAACUAACUAAAAAUGAUAAUGAAAACAAAAAAUGGCAAACGAAAACGAAGAGGAAGAGGAAAAGAAAAACCAAACCAAUCAAACCAAUUGUUAGGGAACCGAGUCCGAGUCCGCUAAGAUGAAGGUUCGUAGAGAAGUUGGCAUGAUAGAUGAUAGAUUUACCACAAGAUACUCGUACAAGAUACAAUCCAAGAGUUCAAGCAGAAGAACCAAAUUUCUCACUCCAAAAAGUACACACAUACACACUCUCAAACAUUUUUGAAAUAGUUUUAAAAACUCUUAUGUAAAAACGAGCAUCUAAUGAAUUAUAGCAAUACAUACAUACAUAUAUAUGUAUAUAUACAUAGAUAUAUAUAUAUAUAUAUAUACAUAUACAUAUAGCUUAGCAGAACCGAUAAAACGCACGUUGCUUAUGAGAAUUUUUUUAAAUCAUACAAAACAAAAAACAAAACCAAAAACUAAACAAAAGCAGAAGAACAACCAAAACAAAUUUGAAUGCAAAAUGAUUAAAAAUUUUUUACUUAACGUGUCUUUAUCAAUAAACAAAUUAAACCAG